AUGGCAACAAAUGUUAACUCUGAUUUCUUGGGUAACUGUGAGGAAUCGAUCUUAACAACUUUAUUAAAACGUAGCAUAAAAGCUAAGGACCAUUCCCAUUCGCCUUAUAGCAAGUUUCGUGUUGGAGCCGCCUUGUUGACUGAUACCGGAGAAAUCAUCGACGGAUGUAACGUUGAAAAUGCCAGUUACGGGUUGUCGAUUUGUGCAGAGAGAACAGCCCUGGUCAAGGCUGUGAGUAUGGGAUUUAAAAAGUUCCCUGCAAUUGCUGUAACUACAGAUAUGGAUGAGUUUAUUGCUCCAUGCGGGGCUUGCAGACAAGUCCUAGCUGAGUUUGGAUUGAAGUGUGACGUGUACCUUGUAAAAUCGGACCUGUCGUUCAAGAAGAUGAGCAUUUCGGACCUUUUGCCUUUGACUUUCACUUCCGCGGAAUUAGAGAGGGCAGGUUUGCAACAUUAA